UGCUUCUGUUCGUGAUUGUCUUGCUUGUCUCACGGUGUUUAUGACAGGACUCAUUUGUUCUGAUAUUACUCAGACGGCUGUGUCGUGUGUGAGUUGCAUAAUUCUCUAAAUGGCGUCUGGAGUCCAGCAGCAUUAGUGUUUCAUAAAAGGUGUGAUUAUAUUUUCUGCUAAAGCUGGAUAUUUUACAUCUGUCAGACUGAAUCUCACACAGGGACAGGAACGUCUCGAGGGUUGAGAUCUCCUCGCACCAGAUGAGGGAAGAUGUUGGCCAUGGAUCAAGGCGUAGUGGAGGAGUGGCUGUCUGAGUUUAAGACUCUUCCAGAGACGGCCGUCUCCAGCUAUGCCGUGUCUCUGAAGGAGAAGGGCUCUCUGGUUCCUGCGCUCUAUAAAGUCAUACGGGAGAAUUACAGCGAUCUGCUGGAGCCGGUGUGUCAUCAGUUGUUCGAGUUUUACCGCAGUGGUGAGCCGCGUUUACAGCGUUUCACUCUGCAGUUCCUGCCGGAGCUGGUGUGGAGUUACCUGUCGGUGACGGCGGGGCGAGACCCGCACUGCAGCGGCUGCAUAGAGGCGCUUCUGCUCGGCAUCUACAACCUGGAAAUCGUUGAUAAAGACGGUCAGAGUAAAGUGUUGUCCUUCACCAUCCCUUCCUUAUCCAAGCCGUCGGUUUAUCACGAGCCGUCUUCCAUUGGCUCUCUGGCCUUGACGGAAGGAGCCUUAGCCAAUCACGGGCUGAGUCGCGUGGUGUACAGCGGCCCCCACCUGCAGCGCGAGACCUUCACCGCACAGAACAGGUUUGAGGUGCUGACGUUUCUGCUGCUGUGUUAUAAUGCGGCUCUGAGCUACAUGAGCAGCUCGUCCCUGCAGUCUCUGUGUCAGCUCAGCUCCAGAGUCAGUAUCUGCGGGUAUCCCAGGCAGCAGGUGCGGCGGUAUAAAGGCAUCAGCUCACGCCUCAUGGUCACGUCAGAGUUCCUCGUUCAGCUCAUCACCGGCAUUCAUUUCGCACUGUGUAACGGUGAGGUGGAGUUGGGCUGGAAGGCUCUGGAUGACGUGUUGUACCGAGCGCAGCUGGAGCUCUUCCCGGAGGCUCUGCUGGUGGGAAACGCCAUCAAGUCGUCUCUCCACGGCGCGUCUCUGAAGGCCAAUAAAGAGGGAACUCGCUCCAUCCAGGUGGAAAUCACACCCACGGCCUCCCGCAUCUCCCGCAACGCCGUCACCAGCCUGUCCAUCCGCGGCCACCGCUGGAAACGCCACGACGCAGUGGAUUUGGGUUCCCCGGAUGAGCUGACGGAGAUCGCGGAGGUGGACGAGGGCAUCUGCACGCAGCCCUCCGCCGGUCAGAGCAGCCCGCCGACCAUCGUCAUCAGCAACAGCGGCGGCGCCGCGGCAACAGCCGGAGGCGGGAAGCUGAGCGGGAAGGGUCUGCGGCGCCUGACGGGCCGAUCCAGCAAAGAGAAGGACAAAGACAAGGACAAAGAGAAGGACGCGGUCACCGGCAUGGAUCAGCUGACGCGCAAGCAGGCCGCCGUCCGCGCCAUGAGCGAAAACCUGGAGCUACUGUCGCUCAAGCGCCUGACGCUGACCGCCAGCCAAUCGGUGCCCAAGAGCGGCUCGCUCAGCCUGUCUCGCACCGCCAGCGCAGUCUUCUCGCGCUCCUUCGAGCAGGUCAGCAACGUCCUCGCCGCCGCCACCGCCGGCAACCAGCCGUCCAGCCGCGCCUCCAGCCCCACCUCCAAUCACGUCGCAGAAGCCGACGACGGGGGCGUGGCUUAUUUGGAACAUAUAAGCCCCGCCCACCGACAGCGCUCGCCCACCAUCAGUAUCCACGUGACCUCUGACCUGUGACCCUAAACAGAGACGUGCACCGCUGCCACCUGGUGGCGGGAAACUGCAGCACCUUACAGGACGUCUGUUUUUUUCCUAUCAGUUUUGGUCGGUCGUGAUUGAUUACCAAAGUCAUGUAUUUUUGAAGUGUUUUUAAAACCCACGUGAAGUCAAAUGUGUAUUUUUAAUGCUGAUUUGGACGUUUUCGCCGUAUUUUUACGUGUGUGAACUGCAGUUCCUCUUCUCUACGUAUCCCAGCAUGCACUGGGCUCGAACCCGAAGCCAUCCCAGUUUCCAGGAAGUUGGAUGCUUGAGUGGAAAUUAGACUGUCUUCAUUUAUAGUCGUCUUUUUCAUGGUGUUUCAAAAGCAAUAUGGUUAUUAAUUGAAUUGCUGUAUGUGAGACCAUAAGAGAUGUUUUAACACGAGGCGGCGGUUUAGUAUUGGUGGUUAAACUGGUAUUAGUUAACCGGCCGCUCGUGUGUCGCGCUGAUGUCACGCUUUGAGAGACCUAGAAAACAGUGUGAUUAUAAGCCAGAAAUCAUUUCUUGAUUUGAAGGUGAAUCUAAUGAAAGCAUCGAUUUUUCUUCUUUUAUUGGUGCGCUGUGUUGUUGCGCCAGUAUUUGUCUGGUUUUAUGCUUUUCGUUUUUUAGGAUGAUGUUUUUGAAGACGUUUUUCUGCUCAUAAUGGUUUGUGUUUUUAAUUUGAAGUGGUUCAUCAAUAACAGUGCUCGUGUCUGUGCUCUGAUUAUUUGGAGAAUGUGAAUAUUUCGUUGUGAAUUGUAAAUAUUAUUGUACUAAAGUCAUUUUUUGCCUUUCGUCACAAAAAAGUAACAUGGUUACAGUCUCUGAAAAUAAAGAUUUCUAUUACAA